CAGCAGCUGAUGUGUACUCCUCUGAGUGGGAACUGUUGUUGAAGGAGCAGCGAGCGGACAGCUGGCGUCCUCGGCUGUAAUUAGCAGGUGAUCUGAGCAGUGUCUCCGGACAAAACAUCUAGCGGAGGAGGCCAACACAAACAUGGACACGUGCGCCUGUGCUUUGGAGCUGCUGGGGAUGCUGGUCUACGUGGGGGCUUGGCUGUGCACGUUGACGGCCACUAUCCUCCCACAGUGGCUGACCAUGUCCACCGAGCUGCUGGCCAUAGAGAGCUACGAGUUGGGCCUGUGGGAGACCUGCGUGGUGCAGGACAUUGGUGGUAUGGAGUGCAGAGCUUACGACAGCCUGCUGGGUCUCUCUUAUGAUCUCAAGCUCGCUCGUAUCCUCAUGUGCACGUCUCUGGCCGUGAGCAUGCUGGGAAUCCUGCUGGCUGUUCCUGGACUUUACCUGGUCAACAGCUGCAAAGGACAAGGAGGCCAUCAAACCAAGAGGAGCUUAACCGUCGGAGGAGGAGCACUGGGACUGCUGGCAGGCGUGCUGUGCCUGAUCCCCGUGUCCUACGUGGCUCACUUGGCAGUGAUUCACUUCUUUGAUGAGACAGUUCCUGACGUGGUGCCUCGGUGGGAGUUCGGUGAUGCUUUAUUUUGUGGCUGGGCGGGAGGCUUUCUCCUGGUGGUGGCCGGGCUCCUUUUGCUUACCUCCUGCUCGUGCUCACAGGCGGAGGCUCAGCCUACGCUGCAGAGGAGACACCAGGUCAGGAGUGCAGACGUUUCCUCGAGGAAGCGCUCAGAGUAUGUUUAAAGAAGGAAUUAAAGACAGACGGCACCACACAAUAUACUUGUAGAGCUGCACCUCAGAGACAAAACACAGGGGAAGCUUCGCUGUUUGAGGAAUGUAUCCCGUCGUGAGGACGGCACCCUGCAGCUAGUAGAAAAUGUGUAUAUUUGAUGUAUAUUUGAGUCGCCUACACUGCCCCCCUCCCCCAGCCCCACACCACUAUUUAAAAUGCUGCUGUGACCAUUAGCAAUUACUUAUUUUUUGAAUGUUUUAUAAAUGAUCUUCAUAUUUUGGAAUACUAUGUUAUCAGCCAAAUACAGAAAAAGGAUUUUCAAAACUUUGCUUUGCAAGACACUUUAGACUUUAAAAUGCUGUGAUUGUACGUUAUUACUUUGAAAACUAUUAUUUCAGGAAGCAAACUAUCAUGUUUAGAUCAUUCACAUAAAAGCUAGAUUUGCAAAAGUA